UGCACAGUGAGGCCCAGGCUCUGGGAGACUGUGUCCUGUCUCACCCCUAGGUGCUGGGGCUGCUGGUGUGGGCACUGAUUGCUGACACCCCGUACCACCUGUACCCGGCCUACGGCUGGGUGAUGUUCACCGCUGUCUUCCUCUGGCUGGUGACAAUCGUCUUCUUCAUCCUCUACCUGUUUCAGCUGCACAUGAAGUUUUACAUGGUGCCCUGGCCACUGGUGUUAAUGGUCUUUAAUGUGGGCGCCACUGUUCUCUACAUCACCGCCUUCAUCUCCUGCUCUGCGGCGGUGGAGCUGACGUCCCUGAAGGGCACGCGGCCCUACAACCAGCGCGCGGCUGCCUCGUUCUUUGCGUGCCUAGUGAUGAUCGCCUAUGGAGUGAGCGCCUUCUUCAGCUUCCAGGCCUGGCGAGGCGUAGGCAGCAAUGCGGCCACCAGUCAGAUGGCUGGUGGCUAUGCCUAGAUGACCAGUGCCAUGCCCGUCCUGGGGGCUGGAGCUCCACAGGGUCACAGAGCAGGGUCACAUGCAAGCCUGAGGCGGGGGAGCCCCGUGUGGAGUCAGCCCGGCAGGACUACACUUGCUCCUCUGCUCAUCAGCUGCGUGCUCUCCCAGCGCUCCCGAGGAAACAGGUCCAGGUGGGCACGCCAUGGGCUGGCAAGAGGCCAGUGGCUGAGACCUUCUCCCCACACCCCUAAUUCAGCAGAAGGUGACGGGGAUAUGGGGCGCUCCCCAUCUCUGCCAUGUCUUUAGAGGACUUCAGUGUCCAAGGCUGGGCCCACCCUUCUCAUCGGCACUAAAUGCACUAACAGACUCCAGACCUGCAGCCCCUGACCCCCCCAUAGUGUAAGCCUAACAAGCAAUGUGUAUUACCUUAGCCUUUGUCCUAGGAGAGCUGAGCAAGCUCAUGAAACCAUUCUGAUUCCUGAAGACACAAUUCCGACCCAACUCUCCCCAAGCCAACAUGUCACUUUGUAGGAACAGGGUUACAAUUCUUGACAGCAUGGCCUUCCUUUCCUGCAUUUCAGACCUACCGGCUAUUUAAAGCACGUUAGUUUCAAGUGACUUCUCAAUGAAGGAAACCUAUCCAGGUGCCCCUCCCUUUCCCAAGUCCUUCUUUUUAUAAUACUUCCUUUGGGAAAAGCUAACAUCAAUGCCAACUGCUUCCCUGAAACUGAUUAGGCACAUGGGAUGUGAAGGAGGGAGACGAGACCUUGCCUGGUGACUGUCAUGUGAUUGGUGGUGUCUUUGUUGUUUUUUACAAAAAUAAAGAGGGAAGAACUUAUUUGGAAAA